AUGAGAGCCCCCCUCCUGCUGCCUCUGGCCCUCCUGGCUCUGCUCUCCAACUUUGCACGGGCCGAAGCACCCCGGGAGGAGAGCCCGGCGGCCCGGGUGCGGAGCUUCACCCAGCAGGCGGUGCGGAGCGUCCAAGAGCGCCUGGCCGCCCUCCGGCAGUCCGAGGCGGGCCAGAAGGCCAGGGAGUGGCUCGAGUCCGGCUUGGAGAAAGUGCAGCAAUUCCUCCGCAGCGUCAAGGACAAGAUCCCCCCGCUGCGGACGGAGGCGGCCCCCGGCUCCUGA